GUUUGGCUGCAGUGAUCUUGGCGACUUUCCAAGGUUGAGGUUCGCCUGGGAAAGUAACAAUAAUAAGUGCUCACUCUUUUGUAUCAAAUAUUUUAUGCGGUUUCGCUUCUAUUCCGUAUACGUCCGAGGACAUACAUGGCCCUUUCAUACGGUGUCAAAUAUUUUAUGUUCUCUCAAGUCAGCCUGGAUCGUCUUGCUCCCAUUAUGGCUGACCUCCCCACCGACUUUCGCGUCUGCAUCGUUGGCGCAGGCAUUGUGGGGUUAGCAUGUGCCAUUUCUCUUCGCCAAAAGGGGUUCCAAGUCACGGUUGUCGAGAAAGACAAGGCAAUAGAAACAACGGGCGCCGGCAUAGAGCUACAGCCAAAUGCUGUCCGAGUACUUCAGGAUCUCGGCGUGUACGACCAUGUCCUGCAGAGAUCGGUCCUCACGCCAGCCCUCGUCUUGAAGGAGUACACUGAGGGCAGGGUACUGCACACCCAAUCCGUCGUGAAAGCUGCAAUGAGUUACGGUGCCCCAUGUCUGUCUGUGCAUCGGCCUCACCUGCGGAAUACGCUCCACGACAAGGCAGUCGCCCUGGGGGUAAAGGUUAUGUUCGGCCAAAACAUCCAGACUCAUGGGCUUGAUCUCGACCACGGCCGUUUGACGCUGGGUGGUAGUGAUGGUGCAUCUGGCCAACAAGAAAUUGAAGACGGCCCUGGAACGGAGCCGCCGCAGACGCUCUGUGCAGACCUCUUCAUCGGCGCCGACGGCGCUAACUCGUCCCUGCGGGAGGUCGUGACCGGCCACAAGACAGACUGGGUACCACAUGGGAAAGUCGUCAUCCGGAUCCUCAUAGACGUGGGGCUCAUCCGGGAACAUGAAGACCUCCGACAUCUCGUAGAGAGGCGUGACUGUGUCGUCUGGCUCGGGCCCGAGUCCCAGGCUGUGACCUACUGCAUGGGCGAAAUCUUCAAUGUCGCCUUCACGCGGCCGUGGUCCACGGACGCAAAGGACGCCUUCUAUGCGCCGCAGAAGGUCGACUUCGAGGCAUUCGUAGAACAGCUCGCCGCUGAGGGCUGGGACGUGCGGCUCCGCAAGCUGAUAGGUCUGGCAAGGGGAACGGACAUCCUGCGUUGGAUGUUCUUUGAGCCCCAGAUAGACGAUGAAGGCACACCGUGGGUGAAUGCUACCGGCACAUGCUGCCUUGUUGGUGAUGCGGCUCACCGAACCUUGCCAUAUCUUGCGCAGGGUGCUGCAAUAGGUCUAGAGUCUGCGGCCGUACUGGCAGGUCUGCUCGGCAAGGUCAGGAGCAAACAGGAUGUGCCAAAGGUUCUGGGGCUCUACGAGCGUCUGCGCAAGGAACGAUCAGGCCACGCCAUCCGAGCGAGCUUGCGCAACGGCCGAGUGUGGCAGGUUCCCGACGGGCCGCUCAAGGAAGAGCGAGACAGGCAACUUUUAAAUGAGACUCCGACGGCUGGGUUUCCAAACAUCUUGGCUGAUCCUUUCUUUCAGAGUUGGUUGUGGGGAUACGACACCUCGAAGGUGGUUGACGAGGCUUGGUCUAUGUUUGUCAACGGCCAAUCACACUAUUAAUACAGACAGGCAGAGAAAGAUACUGGGCAUAUGCAUUUUGUAAAACCCUUGCAGAUAUCUGGUUAAAACACAUGCGCUUAUGAGAUUCCAAGGUUGCCGUG